UAAGUGGUCAAUGCCUAAAAUAUGAGAUUUUAAGUUUGAGUUCACCAUGACAUGAUUCUUUUAUUUAUUUAUUUAAUUGUGUAAUUUAUCCAAAAAAAAGGUAAAAAAAAUAAAUAGAGUUGAAUGUAGGGGCAAAACUGCAAUAAUCGAAAAGACAAAUCUCCAAUUAAGUUUGUGGGCAAAGCGGAGAAGGAAAGGAAGACUGCACAGCCUGAAUAUGGGUGGUAGUCGGAGUAGCUGCAGCAGCAGUGGGGAGGAAGACGGCGAUGCCGACUGGAUGGCCGCCAUAAAUUCGGUAACCUCCCCCGCCACGCACACCUCCAACGGCGCAACUCAUCGAGACCAACAUGAAAAGCACAAACCCCAAAAUCUCAAGCAUUACCAAAUUAAGGCAGGAAGGUUACUAGAAGACAUCUUAGACAAGACUAUCGAAAUGGUCUCAGAAGAAGCUCUUAUUGUCGAGGAAGACCCUGCAGCAGAAGAUGCUGGAGUUCGACUUUUCAGAAACGCUCCUCAUGGAAUAGUGUUUGAUCAAAGAGCAGAGCUACAUGGACCAACGAAGAAACCAAAAAUUGUUCCUCGUGAAGAGCUUCAUGAAAAAUCAAAAAAGUUCAGGAAGCAGCUUCAAUCCGUAGCUGUUGAUGGGGUGGACAUAAUUGCUGUAGCAAGUAGAGAAUGCCAGAAGUCCUUAGCUAAACGCGAAGCUAGGGAAAGUGCUGCUAAGACAGCAGCAAAACAAGAGGAGGAGCGCGUGGCUGAGCUGAAAAGGAUUAGGGGAGAAAGAUGGCUUCCUUGUAUAGCCAAAGAAAUGCGAGUAAAUGCUCAGUGUCGAAGAUAGAGUUGAUCAUGGCCAUUGAUGUGCUGCUGUUAGACCGUUUCUCUUCUGAUAUGGAGAUUUCAUAUUGUUGUGAUCUCAUCUCUCAAAGAAAAUUAGUUUUGCUUGCCUACACCAUUUUUAAGCUUCUUUUUUUACUUUCAGAAUCUCAUGCAGUAUUUUGUGAUGAUUGUGCUAACGUCAGCUUGCUUUGAAUGAAAUGCAUUGUUCCUUUGUUUUCCUA